AUGCAAACAGAAGUUAUUAAAUCUUUAAAUACAAAUCAAAUUGACUGGAUUAACAAAUUUCUCAGUAAAAAAGUCUGGAAUCAAACACGUGAAUUUCAGCAAUAUAUAAGUCAAUUCAAUGAAGGUGUGUGCGACAGAGUACACAUUCCUGUUCUUGUUCGGGAGUCCUUUGUUCCGAAAGGAUCGUUUAAUUCUUACAUUCAUGAGGCUCACGACAUCGCUCAACAAAUUUUGACUCAUUUUUCUGUACGUCUUAAAGCGCCAAGAAGGGAUAGAGUUAACUACCCCGAUAUGAAAAAACAUAAAAUCGACGGACUAACUAAAAUUAUCAACACAACUCAAAAGAAUCAAACAAUAAUAUUAAUUGAGUUCUCAUUUUGCAGGCGGACACCUCAAUCGAAAGAAGACAACAAUCAGAUUAAGUUAUACAGGAACUCUAUGAGAACUCUGAACAAAUUAUUGCAAAGCAUAUCUAAAGACAUUGCAAGAGUUUAUUUGAUACAAUUUGCCAAUGGUUUGGCUAAAAUCAAGUACCUAGUUUGUCUAUUGUCAUUGAUCUACAUCCUUCAAUUAUUUACGUGUAUUAAAAUACCUGUAUCUUUCGAUGACUUCGAACAAUUUGCAAAAAAACUUGUUGAUUUGAUGGAAUGGCAGGUUGAUGUAUUAUCAACAGUUAGAAAAAUGAAUAAAGUCACGAUUAGAAAUACACACAACCAUAUAACCUCAUUGCAAGAUACACCAAAAAAGAAAAAGGAAGCGAAAAAAAAUCAACCUUCAUCUCCAAAAUCCCCAUGUCCUAGUAGAUCAAUUUCGGAAUUACCAUCACUGAUUUAG